GCUUAACAUAUGCCACCACACAAAAUUAUAAACCGUCAUCACACAACAACCCAUACCCACGGUCGGAUUCACCGUCGCCGCCUCCAGCCACCGUCUCCGGUCACAUAUCUGAAACCGAUUUGCAACGCCGCCGCAAACUGAACGAAUAUUCCGAUCCAAGCACGUUUGUUCUUUUUCCGAUCAGCUUCUUUUGAAGGUAUUCAGUGCUGCCAUGUUAUCAUUGAAGUCAACUUCAAAGGCCGUGGGGAAGUUGAUUACUUCCAAAAACAGUGGCAAACGGUUAAUAAGAUGCUUACAAAACAACCCUGAAUUGGAAAGUUACGUUCAGAGUCGGUGUUUCAAAACCAUUGGUACUACUACUAUUGAAACAUUACCAUCUUCUUCUCAUCCGGUUGCUGGUCUUCGUAAGGAUGUUCCUUUCUCCUUGCAAAAUACGUCUUCUGGUAUUCUUAUUCAAAAGCGGGGAUUUCUGGGCUGUGGUGACGGGGAUGAAGGAAGUAAUGUUUUGUCUAAAAUUCAUGAGGAGAAGCGUAUUAUGGGAUAUUCUCCAGAGCAAUUAUUUGCAGUAGUUGCUGCUGUAGAUAUGUAUCAGGAUUUUCUUCCAUGGUGUCAGCGAUCGGAUAUAGUUCAACGUCAUUCAGAUUCGUCUUUUGACGCUGAGUUGGAAAUUGGUUUUAAAUUUCUUGUUGAAAGCUAUGUAUCUCAUGUGCAAUUGGUAAAACCGAAAAUGAUAAAGACGACAUCUUCACAAAGCAGCCUUUUUGAUCAUUUAAUAAACGUUUGGGAGUUCAAUCCUGGACCUGUUCCGGGAACAUGCGAUCUUCAUUUCUUUGUGGAUUUUAAGUUCCAGUCACCCUUAUACUCGCAGAUGGCAUCCAUGUUCUUUAAGGAAGUGGUCACUCGAAUAGUUAGUUCGUUCAAUGACCGUUGUCGUUUGAUAUACGGGCCCGGGGUCUCGGUUCAUGGAAAAACUAUUGAACGAAAUGCAUGAUUGUUUAACUAGUAAAAGUAUUCCAUUAACCACCAUGUGGUACACUUGUUAGUUUUUCACAAAAAAAUGAGCACUUGUAAGUUAUUACUUGUGGUGGAUACGACACAAUAGCAGUUCAUUUAUUCUAGAGAUGGAAAUUCCAACUCGGUCAGUUACA